GCGAGACAACAGAGUAGUUCCGAGUGUAAAAACCGGAAGUAUAUAUGUUUUGUUGUCAAACAUCAAUGACGUACAACUCUGAGUUUUGGUUUUUUCGCUGAAUCAGUAAGAGUGGAAUAGCAUAUAAACAAUUAUGAUAUGUGUGAAACUUAUAACAGUGUUGUGUAUAUCACAUGAUCAUUGUCAUCACGUCUAAAUUUAGCUAUGGUUCUAUUUCCGUGAUAUAUAUAACUUUGGGGAAUAAAUCCUUUGAUCACUGUGGAAGAUUUGUUUGGUAGAUAAAAUGGCAUCGCCGGUGUACUGGGACGAAGAAUCAGUUGUCAGUAGUUCAUUAGAAUCGUUGGAAAUUCCUCAUUUUGAACCAGAUUCCGAGGAUGACCAACAUAUUCAACAUGUUCUAAGGGAGAUCGAAACCCUCGACCCUCUUACAGAAGUAAUGCAAAGUCUCAGGGACCCUUACUAUGAGUAUGAUUCAGAUGAUAUUGAAGAUAUUGAACUUCCUGCCCCAGAACCAGUGGAUCUCUUGCAAUCAUUUGGAACAGUUAAUGUUACAGCCGAGUGUGAAAUAUGUCUGUCAAGAGAUAGUCCGGUACGUAAUCGUUCCUGCUGCCAAAUACCCGUAUGUGAUGACUGUAUGCAGACUUAUUUUGUAUCUCAACUUGAAAGUGGCAUAAAGAGAAUGCAGUGUAUUUCAAUGUGUCCCAAGUUUGCUCACGUAGAUGAAAUUAUGUGUCGAUUACCUGUAGAUUUGAAAGAUAAAUACUACAAAUAUCUAGUUGAUGCCAAUAAUGACCCUCAUGUCAAAACAUGUCCAAAAUGUAGCUUUGUACAGCGCAUCUCAAGAGAAGAGUUGGAUGCUUAUAAAAAGAAGAGGAGGAAGAAGAAACGGGGUAUUCUUGUAGUAUGUCAAGACUGCGCAUUAGAAUGGUGCUUCAUUUGUCACGCUCCCUGGCACCGUGAAGGCGUCACAUGUAAAGAGUUUAAAAAAGGCGACAAACUAGUCCGAAACUGGGCCAAAGAAUUCCAUUUUGGAAGUAAAAAUGCUGAGAGAUGUCCCAAAUGUAAGGUGUAUAUACAGAGGACAGCUGGCUGUGACCACAUGACCUGCAGCCACUGCGACACCCAUUUCUGUUACAAAUGUGGGGAGAAGUACGUAGAGGUCACGUUUAUUGGGAAUCACUAUGAGAGGUUCAGCCCUUUUGGAUGCAAGUACAACCUACACCCAGACAAACCCGUGCUACGGAAGAUGAUCCGAGGAUCAGCGCUUGGGGCUAAAAUUUUGGGAGGAAUCAUUCUUGGAGGGCUUGCCAUUGGGGGAGCAGCCAUUUUUGUGGCAGUGAGUCCCAUUGUUGUCCCAGCAUACUUUGGGUUCAGGAUAAGAAAGAAAAGACGUUUGAAAAGAAAGACAAGGAAGGCACAUGCAUUUAGUGUUGUGUACAUGGAUGUCGGCAAUGGACCACCCCAAUUGACUUUUCUUGAUGAAACUGGAAACCCUCUUCCAUUGACUGCUCGUCCAAAGACUCCUCCUCUUCCAAUGGCUGAUAGAAGCGAAUCAUCAUCAAAUGAAGAAGAUAAAGAAGAGGAUGAUGAGGAACUGGAAGAUGAAGAGGUUACAGAAAUAAGGAAUGUGGAGGCGAUCAUCCAUAAACCAGAUGAUGAGGCCACUAAGUCUUCCACCAUGGUGGAAGUUAAGGAAGAAACCCAGGUGUGUGUCAGUGUGAGGAAUAAGGACACUCAGGUCACCUCAGCUGACCUUGAAAUGCAGGAAAGUGGGUUGGUGGUGCUUCAUGUCAGGACCACACGUAAAUCUCUAGAGCUAGAGAAGCAGCCACAGGAGACAGAGGCGAAAGAAUUCACUGUCAAAGAAAAUGAGGAUUCAAUCAGUGACAAGGGCUGCUUUAUUAAAAUUCUUAAAAAAUUGCCCUCGGUGUGGGAAAAGGAGAAAGAUGGAGAGAAAAACCAGAAGCUUGAGAGUUUGGAAGACACAAAAGGUGUCAAGGGAUUGGUCACCCCUACAAGUGACCAUGGCGAGGGUGACCUUUUGACCCCAAGUGAGACAGGGGACUACUUGAAGCAAUUACAUGAUGAGAAUGAGCUAAAGGAUCCCUACUGGGGUCUUGUGUCGACCUCAGAUGAGAUAACUUAUCUGUGAUACAUUGUUUGCCUCCCUUUGUUUGUUUGAAUUAAGUAGACUUAGACCAGUUAUUCCCCUUUAACAAUGCUCAUGAAGGAUUUCUCUUUAUGCAUGUUUUGUUAUGAAAUAUCACCAUUUCAGACGUGUUUUAAGCAAAUUCAGUUGCUUGUGCAUACAUGAAGUAUGAGACUUGGGGCAUUCCAUUGAAAAUUUUGUGUACAUGUGUUCUAUGCAUUUUCCAGUGUAUUUGAGGAUGUACCAGUACCUGUAUUUUGUGUCAACAAAUUAAAGCCUACAUGUACUGUCUCAGACCACAGGUAUAAAGCUUGCUUGAUAAUGUUUGACCUUAUACUUAGUACAAUAUAUGCUAUAUGGUCAAAUAUAGUACAAGUUUGACCACUGUAUAAUGUAUGUAUAAGUAGUUGUAGUUUGACUAAAUUGAGAUUUCACUCACUUUAAUUUGAAAAAAAAAAUGCAACUGCAGUUCAACCAGGAAGUAGAGAGAAUCAAUUUGGUUUCAAGCUGAUGUAAUGAAGACAGGUCUUGGAUUUUUGCUUUUGUAAAAUCAACAUGAAAUGCUAUUUUCAAAUUUUAAGAAGCAUUUUUUAAAAUUAAACCCAUGUUCUGCAUUUGCGUAACAUUGGUGAUUGAAAGACCAGCAUUUUGUAAAUUGAUAUAUUUUCAUAUUGUUUUCACUUGAGAUAAACCAAUGUGCAUUUUAGGACACAGACAUGUUCAUCAAGACUAUUCUUGACCUCCAAGGUUAACUUGAGUUUAUGAUCAAAUUCGCAUCAAGCAAGCUUAAUGCAAGUGUCUCAAAGAUUUCAAAGGGUAAAACUUGUGUGCGUUAUUAUUGUUUUCUGUCACACAAUGAUGACUGACAAACCAUUACAUUAUCUGCAUACUUUUUAAUUAUCAUAAAUUGUGUUUUCAAUACUCAAAGUAUGACUUGGCACAUAUUGAUGUGCUCAUAGUUGAUAAUUAUGUACAAAACACUGUAUAUGGUAUGCACAUGGCCAUGUCUUGAGUAUCUUUGUAAAAGAAAUCCACCUGAUACUUAUUACUAGUGUCCAUCUAGGUUGUCAGAGGUCCCCUGUGUGUUGGAACUGUGAACCCCAUUCUUAAACUAAUUACCAGUUCUGUAAAGAAGGGUUGGUAAGUCUACAGUGACAUUUGUAAUUAUUCUACAUCAGAUCAAAGACUGGAGUAUUGUACUGGACAGUCAGAACACAUCUCUUUUCAGUUUAGGUACAGUUUAUCAAAAUGUUUAAGAGUUGUUGAAAUGACUGUAUGGUGUUUUAGGCUGCAGAUUGGAAAGUACAGUCCCUAUAUCAAAGACUACAUGUACUGUUAAAUGUUUUGUAUCUUCAGUGGCUCCACCUCCCCAGUAUUGCAUGGAUAAGCAUACAGUGAUUGCUUAAUGCUUUUGUGGUUGCUUGAUGUGCAGUGUUGCUUAGUGUUGCAUUUUAUGUUUCUAUCAUAAGAUUUUAAAAUAACUAAAUGGUACAUGUGCUGGUAGAUGAAUAUAUGACAGCAAGUCCUUGUUAUGAUAAGUCCCUUUUUAAAUCUUUGCUACAGUAUAAUUCCAAUACAUGUAUAUUUCAACAUGGUUAGUGCUUUUACAUGUAUUACACAUCAGCUGUAUAUUUGUAAACUGCUAUUUAUAUCCGGCAAUAUUUACAUUCAAAUGUUGAUGUUGUGUCACACACAGAACAGCUUUAAGCAACACCUCCUCAUCUCCUCACAUUGUACUUUACACUUGUAAGAUUGCUUUUCUUUUUAAAAAAGAAUGUUGUUUUUUAGACCAACUGAACGGUCGUUGUUGUUGAGUAACUGUUGACUCGUGUUUUAUCUUAGUUCUUUAACUGUGUUCACAACAGAUGUGUUGUUGUUUUCUUUGUCUUGUGUUUUAUUUUAUUAUACGAUCAUGCAUGGUUCUCUAUAAUGCAUUUACAUUUGAUCAUGUUGAUUAUCUUAAUUAAUUAACUACAUGCAGCUCUAGUAAAUGAAUUAUGAAGAUGCAACAUGAAGAUGUAACCGCUGAGUGUCACAGCUCUUGAGAAUCCUAAGCCAAACUACCUGUAUGCUCAUCAUCAAUUUCAUUCAGUAUUUUCAGCUUAAUAUCACUUUACAUGGAUUUCAUUUUAUAAAGCAGUUUUCAACUCGACAAGAGUUUUUGGUGUUAAUUUCGCAAAAUUAUAUAUCACGCGCACCAAACCUAAAAUUCCAUGUAAUGUACAUGAAUAAUGUAGUACUACAUUGAUUUCAUGAGAUAUUUUCUCGUGUUAUUUAUUAUAUCAUCGUAUUGUUCUUUUUGAUGUAUAAUAUAUAAAUAUGCGUUAAGUCAUUCACGUGAAAUUACACGUGAUGCUCACUGGUUCAUGAUGUCUUUCAUCCUGUUAUUACAGCAAAAACUUUUCUGAAACAUUUCUUUAAGCAGAUUAUCAAACUUGGUGUAAAGUAUGGAUGCAGUUUAAGUACGUGCUUUUAGCUUUGUAUGAUUCACAGUUGUAAUCAGGCUUAGUGACUAUGUUGUAUGUUCAUCACUAUUUAAGGCUGUAUAUAGUUAAAUCUUGACAACCAACAAGUUAGUGUAUUAUACCUAUGUAAACAAUCAAUGCCACUGAUUACUAGCAUGUCAAGUUUUCUCUCGACAAGAAGAGAGUGUCCAUCGAAUGAGUCUUGUAAUCAAACUGUGUCAAAUGGUGUUAUUGUGUCUUCUACGCCACCGUAUUUAUUAAAGUCUUUCGUACACAG